UUUCCAGAUUCAGGAGUGUAGCCACAAGGAGUAUGUUGGAAAUGAGAGAAAAAGAUAUGGAAAUAGGAAGAAGGAUGUCAUUAUUUCAAGACUAAGAAUUGGACAUACAGCAUUAAACUAUAGUCUUUUUAAAAUAGGUAAGCAUGAAUCGGGAAAGUGUGACAAAUGUGGAGAAUUAGAAACAGUGCGGCAUAUCCUUAAUGAGUGUUCUGCAUAUGAAAGGGAGAGUUGGGAGUGGAUAAUAUUUCUUUAAAAGUAUUGUUAGGAAACGGGUCAAGGCCAUCAAGAGUACAUAAAAUAUUAUUUAAAUACCUGAAAAACACAGGAACAAUAGAUAGAAUAUAUGUGUUUUUGUGUGUAUUUCUUCCUUAUGUACACUCCACACUCCAGAUCAGUAGGUGGCGGUAAUGCACCUUUUCGUUGGUUUGCCAAACCGCCACAAAACACCAGAAGAAGAAGAAGGUCCUAGAUCAGCAAUGUCGCUACUCGCUACCCGACCCGUACAGAACAGAACAUAGGUGAAAUCUGAUCUCAGAUCAGUCGUGUUGAGCGAGACGGUCACAUGACUUCAGUGACAAACACAACAGAAAUGUGAUGGUUCCUCAUCUGUGUUCCGAGUUGAAUCAUGUCGAUGUUUAAAAGGUGUUUUAUCUGCUCUCUGCUGUUUGUCGUCUUCUGUCCUUCGUCUGGAUACAUUGGAAGUGGAGAUUCGCUUCGACGGAAGGUGUCUGUAGAAGUGAACCCUGGACUGAAGCCCCCCACUACACUGCCCCCUGGAGUCAAUCUCGUGCACGUGCGGGCACUGGGUCAGAAUGACACCCUGCACUUCCUCUUCUGUAACCAGGGGGCGCCAUCACUUCUGCUCGUGCACACUAACAGCACAGAGUCCACAGUGCAUGUGAACUGGCCGGAGUUUAUUAGCCGCAGUUCACCAGGCAGCCUGCAGGUGGAGCCACAGCGCAGCGUACAGUACAGCAGUGCUCUCGUCAUCACCAGGUUGUGGGAGUACAGUGAUGUCAAUAACACGGCAGAUCCACAGCACACAUCAGAGUCCAGUUUCUACCCACCGUAUGAGCUGCAGGACUUCAUCUGGUCAGACCUGAACCAAUCAGAUCACAGGAUCAGAAUCUGUGGAAGAGACAGGACGGCUGCCGGCUUUAGUAACGGCUCCUUCUGUCUGCAGAUCUCAGCGUUCGAGUCAGAAGGUCGCGAGUCAGCGUGGCCGAGUCUCCUUCAUAACUCGAACUCCUCUCAGCUGCGUGUGUCUCUGGAGGGUGUGACGGCGCAGGUGAAUUACUCCAGAUUCUCUCUGGAGCUGCAGUCUGUCGGAGACUCGGGGUUUCAGGGAAGAGUGGACGUCCACAGGUCUAUUGAUGAUGAGUACACACCCUCCAUUUUUAAGGUGUCACAGUGGGUGUCGUUUCCAGUGAACAGCAGCAGGGUUUGGGGUUACGCUCAGUGGAAGCCGGUGGCGUAUCGUAAGUCCAGCCCUGUGACCGAAGACGCCACGCCCUGCAGACACUCUGAACCCGUUCCCAUCGCCCGGCCGCCUCACUCGGCUCUCAUUCAGGCCUAUUUCAGCCAUCGGCCUCAGACAUACGGACUGAACGUCAGCUUCGGGAUCGCCGGAGACGCCUUUUACAACGCCACCAAUUACCUCAGCUGGACUGUGUUAAUGGGUGUGGGUGAUCCUCCGGUGGAUUCUUUCUCAGUGUUUAUCAUUUGCAUCAUGGCCGUGGGUCUCGGCACGCCGCUGGUCCUUAUCAUGGUGGGUGGAGUUUUUCUUUGCAUCCGCAAGAGGACGUCGCAACGGUCAGGCUACGAGCCAAUCAACUGAGAUCUUACAGUAGACGCUCUGCCCUCAUACACACGUUGGUGUCACAUCUCAUCAACAAAAUCUCUCUGGAUUGGCCAAUCAGGAAUGAAUGUUUCAUACGCAUACUGAAGGUCAGAAAAGAAAUGUAUGAUCUAGUCCAUUGAUUAUUACAUUCAUUCUGUUUUGUACAGCAUUAUUUUUCACAUGGUUUUUGUCUGUUUUGUCUUCUGUAAAAUAAUCUGAUCUGCUUGAUAUGUGAUGGGGAACGUGUAGCACACUUUUCAGAGUCAAAAUCUGCGCUUAAAGAGUUUCUCAGGGAUUCUGACGGUUGGACUCCAGUGACUCUGAAAAUCGUCGUUUAUUCUGAUAAUAUUAUGAAUCAUGUGUUUUUUAAAGAGAAUUUAUAAUAAAGUACAGUUUCGCUUGUAAAAAAAAACAAAUUUUACCUGUAAAUGUUAGGAAUAUUUAGUAACAUUCACUGACACCUGAAUAACAGAGUCUGAAUGUAAUUAUGCUUGUUUUGUUUCUCUAUAUAAAUUGUUGACUCGCA